AUGAGUGGAUCAGGCAAGGGGCUCCUUGGCUUGUGGCUGUAUAGAAAUGGUUCAGAUUGGCAAGUCAAAAAUGUAGCUCCUCAUCAUCCUAAAUUAGGGGAGCUUCAUGCAGCACAGCAACAAGCUCAAGAAGGAGAAAGGAUCUCAGUGAUUUUUACGGUAAAAAACCAGGUUGGAGGUCUGGUGAAAGUUUUGUCGGUGUUCCAGGAUCUCGGAAUAAAUGUUAUUCAUAUUGAAUCUCGAAAGUCUGCUAUGGAGAUAUCUGCUUCUGACAUCUUGGUGGAUGUAGAAUGUGAUCCUAGAAGGAUGGAACAACUGAAGCGAAUGUUAAAACGCGAGGUGCAGGACUUCGAAGUUGUUUCCUCUCAAACGGGCGAAGAGUUUCCACCACCGACACCAUUGUCAGCUGCUGCUAGCUUCGAUUUUGGUGAAAUGCCGUGGUUUCCUAGAAAGAUUUCAGACCUUGAUCGUGCACAAAAUGUGCUCAUGUAUGGCUCUGAGCUUGAUGCUGAUCAUCCCGGAUUUAAAGAUCCUAUUUACCGCAAGCGACGGGAACAAUUCGCGACUAUUGCUAACAACUAUAAAUACGGACAUCCUAUUCCAAAAGUGCAGUACACGGAUGUUGAAAUAAAAACAUGGGGCGUCAUUUUUAGGGAGCUCUUUAAACUCUACCAGAAGCACGCUUGUGAUGAAUAUCUCGAGAAUUGGCCUCAGCUUGUGAAAUACUGCGGUUAUAGGGAAGAUAAUCUACCACAGCUGGAAGAUGUAAGCACAUUUCUGAAACGUAAAACUGGUUUUCAACUGCGACCUGUCGCUGGCUACCUUUCCCCUAGAGACUUCUUAUCUGGUCUCGCCUUCAGAGUGUUUCAUUGCACUCAGUACAUUCGCCACUCGUCUGACCCAUUUUAUACGCCAGAACCCGAUUGUUGUCACGAGUUGCUCGGACACAUGCCGCUACUUGCCAAUCCGAGUUUUGCACAGUUCUCCCAAGAACUUGGCUUGGCUUCCCUCGGAGCGUCAGAUGAAGACAUUGAUAAACUGGCAACGCUUUAUUUCUUCACUGUGGAGUUUGGGCUGUGUCGUCAAAUCGAUGGCAGCUUCCGUGUAUAUGGAGCUGGCUUGCUCUCAUCUGUAGCUGAACUGCAACACGCUUUAACCACUCCUGAAAAAAUAAAGAGAUUCGAUCCAGAAGUAACUGUGAACGAGGAAUGUAUAAUUACAUCUUAUCAAAAUGCGUAUUAUUAUACUGACUCUUUUGAAGAAGCGAAGGAGAAAAUGAGAGCGUUUGCAGAUAGCAUUCAACGUCCAUUUGGAGUGCGAUACAAUCCAUAUACUCAAAGCGUCGAAGUGUUGAGCAAUGCUCAGAAAAUAACCGCUCUCGUUCGCGAGUUAAGAGGUGAUAUAUGUAUCGUGUCGUCCGCUAUCAAGAAAAUAUCAGCUCAAGAUUCUACUCUGGAUGUGGAAACAAUUGCGAACAUGCUGCAUACUGGAUUACAGGUGAAUGAGAGAAGUCCCCAAAGCACUUCGGGUGGCAGUUCGCCGAACUCCGACCGAGCCGUGUCUCCAAAGCCAGACGCCUCUAAA